GGCCAGCGCCCGGCCCCUCUCUGCGAGCAAUCCACCUGUCUGCCUGCCUUCUUUUGAGGGAUUUUGACGUCCGGAGGUGAGUUAGAGUAGAGGGAGCUCCCAGUGUCUGAGAUCCGCCGCGCGGUCCUGGUGGAGAGAACUAGCUAGGCAGCAGGUAGUACAUAGGAUAUAGCUAGGAUGGACGGCCUCCACACGGAGCUCGCGCUGGGGCUGACCGGCGAGCUCCAGACGGCGCCGUUCGUGGCCAAGACGUACCAGCUGGUGAGCGACCCCAGGACGGACGCGCUCGUCAGGUGGGGGAGGGACAACAACAGCUUCCUCGUCACCGACGUCGCCGGCUUCUCGCAGCUCCUCCUCCCCUGCUUCUUCAAGCACGGCAACUUCUCCAGCUUCGUCCGCCAGCUCAACUCUUACGGCUUCCGGAAGGUGCACCCGGACCGAUGGGAGUUCGCGCACGAGUCAUUCCUGCGCGGCCAGACGCAUCUUCUGCCGCGCAUCGUGCGCCGCAAGAAGCGUGGCGAGGCCUCUUGCUCGGCUCUAGUCGGCAGCGGCGAGCAGCACGUGAUGGCCAAUAUAGGAGCGGAAGUGGAGGAGGAAGAGGACGACGAGGGGAGGGAGGCGCUGCUCGAGGAGGUUCGGAGGCUGCGGCAGGAGCAGACGGCUAUCGGGGAGCAGCUGGCGCAGAUGGCCAGGCGACUGCAGGCCACGGAGCGGCGGAGUGACCGGCUCAUGCCCUUACUUGCCCGGCUCGACGAGGAUCCCAGGGCCACCUCCCUCCACCUUCUCCAACAGGCGGCCGAGAAGAAGCGCCAGCACACGCAGUUGCGUUCCCGUGAUUUUGCUUCCUCUCGCAUUGCACCACCGCUUCAACCGGCACCUUCACCGCUAUUGGCUCCCGGGGACGUGGCCAUGGGCGGAGCUAUAGUCUGGCAAUGGGUGGAGCCGAUGUCGCCAACCUUCGAGCAGACCUCCCUGAGCUCCGGGGUGCAGCAGGUGCCGGAGUUCGAGGGCCGCGGCAGCGGCAUGGGCCUAACUGACAGUGGGACCGCGGUGGAGACCCCCUUCCCGUUCUGCCUACUUGGUCAGUGUUUCUUCUAAACACGGCGCGUAGUGCAUGCACAUGCAAUAGUACCUUCUUCUACUUAGUAAUUUAGCAAUCAUUUGUAUCCAUUUUUUUAAGUCGGCACCAUUGAUGCGGGGAGCGAGAUGUAUGUCAUCGAGCAGUUCCUCGAUUACAAAAUGGUCGAGAAUCGUUCUGUAUUGGAAUAGGCUCAUGAGAUAAUAUGCAUAGCUAACGAGCUCGAACUUCCUAAGUGCGAAUUACUAGGCAAAUUUGCCACGGCAUGCAUAAUCGCUAAGCUCCCUAAUUCCUAAAGGAACUUUGCUACCACUUUGAAACAUCAGAGGCGUGAAUUCUCAGUAGAGGAUGUCACCGCCUUCUGAGUGUUGAGCAGAACUCGAGAGCAAAGGAAUCGCACGGAAAAGGGGUUGAAGGUACUUCUGUCGCCAAUAUGGUACAUCAGAGGAACUUCAAUUCCCACA